GAUAGAGACAAUGACAGAACAACAAUUCAGGGUACACAUACUAUCACAGAACGCCACUUUCGUGAUUUCGACCGGCAGUACUUCUGGAAGUGGACGUACUUCUCUAGCUAUGUUGAGUUCAUGGCGGCUUUCUUCGUCGUCGGCUUCUGCCUCACGUUCCUGCUGCUGGAGUCGGACAUCUACAUUGAGGUGGUCGGCUUUCUCGCCGUCUUCACCGAGGCCAUGCUCGGCACACCACAGUUCUACCGCAACUUUCAGAAUCGAUCUACGAUGGGGAUGAGUGUGAAGAUGGUGGGCUGUUGGAUGAUGGGUGACACCUUUAAGACAGGGUACUUUAUCCUGAGGGAAGCGCCCGUCCAGUUUUGGGUGUGUGGACUGAUGCAGGUGAGCAUAGACCUUGCCAUCUUGUUCCAAGUGUGGCUUUACAAGGGGAACGUGCCACAUCGACAGCUAUAGUUGCAGUCCUGGUCUGUACUGGUCACAUCACAACACCAUACUGUGAUGUUGGGAAUGACUGCAACUAGACUUGUCAGGUGAUCUUACAAAUACCAGACAACUACCCAUAUAUGUAUAUAUAAUAGACAUGUUCUGUAUCACCCCAUCUAUUCCCUCGGAUGGAUAUAAAAUCCUCCUUAACCCCCACGUCUGGCAAACCUAGGUGCAACUGUAAUGCCAAAUAGUUGUGUUCUCAUUCCUGUGCCAACAUUUGGCAAUAUUGCUCAGUUAAGUCAUUAUAAUUGGUUAAUUACUUCCAAAAAUCCAGUAAAUUCCUUCCUCUGCUCAUUAAUUUACAACUAUUUAGCUCGAUACUGCAUAAUAAUAUUGUUAGAAAAUGUAAAUAAAUAUGUAAAAAUUA